AUGUAGUAACUCCCAAGGGGGUGCGCUGCAUAACCUGCCAGGAGGGUUGAGACUCGGGAGCGCGUGGGAUGCACAGUUGGGGGCUCGCCACGACUUCCUAGAACAGAGUUACAGAGACCACUCGUUCACACACACACACAAGAGACACUCACGUACACAACUGCUUCAGGACUUGCUGACAACAACCCGAGGRAUAAUCAUCAAUGUUUCAUACUCGAAAAUGUUGAUAUUGCACAUCGCAUCACUUUUGACCCUCGGGUGGCGCUCCUUUGCCCAGCUGCCGGAGUUUGGGGAUGUGUGCACUGAGGGGAGCUGCUACCCCGCCACCGGGGACCUUCUGAUCGGCCGUGCGCACAAGCUCACCGCCUCCUCCACCUGCGGCAUUGAGAAGCCUGAGCGCUUUUGCAUCGUUGGUCACUUGGAGGAGGAGAAGAAGUGUUUUGUGUGUGACUCCAGGGAGAUGUAUGAUGAGAGGCUGAACCACACCACCAGCCACAGCAUCGAAAACUUGGUCACCACCUUUGCCCCCAACCGCCUCAAGACCUGGUGGCAGUCUGAGAAUGGUGUGGAGAAUGUGACCAUUCAACUGAACCUGGAAGCUGAGUUCCACUUCACACAUCUCAUCAGACCUUAUAAGUGCUGGACCCAGAGUUAUCCCUGGUCGGGUCACGUGACGUUCCGUCCGGCUACCAUGGUGAUCGAGCGUUCCAUGGAUUUUGGGAMGAAGUGGCAGGUGUACCGUUAYUAUAGCUAUAACUGUGAGUCCGCCUUCCCUGGGAUAUCCGUGGGACCCAUGGUCAAAGUGGACGACAUCAUCUGUGACUCUCGCUACUCUGACAUAGAGCCGUCCGCAGAGGGAGAGGUGAUAUUCAGGGUGCUGGACCCAGCGUUUCAGAUUGAAGACCCUUACAGUCCYAGGAUACAGAACAUGCUGAAGAUCACUAACCUGCGUGUCCAGUUCACGAAGCUCCACACACUGGGUGACAACCUGCUGGACUCCAGAGACGAGGUCACGGAGAAAUACUACUACGCCCUCUUCGACAUGGUCGUCCGCGGCAACUGCUUCUGCUACGGACAUGCCUCCAAAUGCGCCCCUGUCGAUGGGAUACACGUAGGCACAGAGGGCAUGGUCCAUGGUCACUGUAUGUGUAACCACAACACAGAGGGUCUGAACUGUGAGCACUGUAAGGACUUCUACAACGACCUGCCCUGGAGGCCUGCAGAGGGACGCAACACCAAUGCCUGCAAGAUGUGCGAGUGUAACUACCACUCCAGGUCAUGUCACUUUGACAUGCCUGUGUAUCUGUCUACGGGGAACGUGAGUGGAGGAGUAUGUGAUGAGUGUCAACAUAACACCAUGGGGCGUCAGUGUGAGCAGUGCAGACCCUUCUACUACCAGCACCCCGAAAGACACCUGAGAGACCCCAACAUCUGUGAACCGUGUAGCUGUGACCCGACGGGCUCCCUGCAGGGUGGUGAGUGUGACGGCAGGACAGACGUGUCUGCUGGUCUGAUAGCAGGACAGUGUCGCUGUAAGACCAGUGUGGAGGGAGAGCGCUGCGACCACUGUAGACAGGGACACUACGGCCUGGGCCCUGCUCUCCAAAACGUAGUCCUACCUGGACAGGGCGGGGGGUUUGUCAGUAGGGGGGUACCUGAGGGGAAGCCCACGGAGUUCCACGAUCAAGCAACCUACCUGACGUCCAGAACUUACGCAUGCUAUCGCUAUGAACCACAGUUGCCGGAGCAGUGGGAGCAGGUGGAGAUCAGAGUGAUACGUCCGUACUCAAUGAGAGUGGGACAGCCAGCCAGUCCAUGUGAAAACACGCUACAAGGAGGAGAUCAGCAGUCGGUGUCUCUUCCUCCAGGAUCCAGACAUGUGCUGCUCCCGAGGCCUGUGUGUCUGGAGAAGGGGCGGAACUACACGGUGCGUCUCAGUCUGCCUCUCUACUCCUCUCUCAGUGACGUCCAAAGCCCCUACACGCUCAUCGACUCCUUGGUGUUGAUUCCGCGGGUGCGUGAGCUGGAGCUGUUUGAGGGUUCUCAGGGCGAGGAGGCGUGGGAUACGUUCCAGAGGUACCGCUGUCUGGAGAGCAGCCAGAGCGUCGUCAAGAGCCCCAUGACGGACAUCUGCAACGACUACAUCUUCAGUGUGUCUGCCCUGCUACACCAGGGGGCUAUGGCGUGCCAGUGUGACUCCCAGGGCUCUCUCAGUGCAGUGUGCGACCCCAGCGGCGGGCAGUGCCAGUGUCGGCCCAACGUGGCAGGCAGGAACUGUGACCGCUGUGCCCCCGCCACCUUCCUGUUCAGCCCCUUAGGAUGCAGACGCUGUGAGUGUAGUCCUACGGGCUCUGUGAACGCUUUCUGCCACGAGGCCACAGGUCAGUGUGAGUGUGUUCCAGGGGCGUCAGGGCGUCAGUGUGCCCACUGCCUGCCAGGCUACUGGGGCUUCCCUCAAUGCCAGCCCUGUCAGUGCAAUGGCAACAGCGACUACUGCCACCCUCAGACUGGGGAGUGCCAGGGCUGCCGCGCCUUCACCACCGGGCACAUGUGUGAAAGGUGUCUGGAUGGUUACCAUGGCGACCCAGUGUUGGGUUUGGGGGGUCACUGCCGCCCCUGCAUGUGUCCCGACGGGCCGGGGAGCGGGCACCAGUACGCAGACAGCUGCUACCAGACCGCCAACAACUACCAGCUGGUCUGUGUCUGYAGCCCUGGAUACAGAGGAGCCAGGUGUGACGAGUGUGCCCCAGGUCACUAUGGUAACCCCCAGGUGCCCAGCGGGCGCUGUCUGCCCUGCCAGUGUAACGACAACAUCGAUCAGCUGGACCCGGGGUCCUGCGACGCUCGCACAGGCGUCUGCCUCAAAUGCCUGCACCAUACCGAGGGCUAUGGCUGCCAGCGCUGCAAGCUAGGUUAUUACGGCAAUGCCGCCAGCCAGAGCUGCAGGAAGUGUAUGUGUUAUUCAGUGGGCACAACGUCGGAGGCGUGUCCGUCCCCGGGGGAGUGUCACUGUGACCUGCAGACUGGCCAGUGUCCCUGCCGGACUAACGUGAUUGGCCAGAACUGYGACAGCUGUGCCCCUGAUACGUUCAACAUUGGAAGCGGACAGGGCUGCCAGACCUGUGACUGUGACCCAACCCACUCUUUUGGGACGUCGUGCAACGAGCUGUCAGGGCAGUGCUCGUGCAGGUCAGGUUUCGGGGGAAGAAAAUGCAACGAGUGCCGAGAUAAGUUCUGGGGAGACCCUGAGGUCAAAUGUCAAGCGUGUGACUGUGACCUGCGUGGCAUCGCCAGCGAGCAGUGCCACCGUUCGUCCGGCCAGUGUGUGUGUGUGGAGGGUGUGUCUGGACCCCGGUGUAACCARUGUGCCAGAGGGUACCAUGGGACGUUCCCCGCCUGCGAACGAUGCCACCAGUGCUUUGYYGMGUGGGACCGCGUGGUAGGGGAACUGUCCAAUCAGACUCAGCGUUUGAAGGAUCAUGUGACAGAGCUCCAGACCAGUGGGGUGACGGCGCCGUACAAAGACACCGUUAGCAGUCUGGAGAUUAGUGCUAAUGCUAUCAGUGCGAUAGUAGAGAACAACCCUGCUAUACAGAAGAUGGAAGAUGUACAACAGAUGAUGCAGCAGGCCACGUAUGUACACACAAACACGUGCGCUUGCCUGAACGAGAGGCUGAACGUCUCAGAGGAUUCCCUGUCCCGUCUCGUUGUCAAUGCCAACGACACCGAGGCCAGUCUGGACGCACUGAGAAAGCAGGCCCAAGAGCAAGAAAGAACAGUCACAGACAUUCGAGACCACAUAAAGACUGUGAAAAACACUAACAUAGAGGGAGCGAUGGACACCAUCACCAAGGCCCACUUGGAGUCUAAGAGGGCGGAGAUCCGUGUCAAUCAGACCACCAGUUACCCCGACAACACUUUGGAACAGUCGGCUACACUACGGCGYSAAGCGGAGGCCAGACUGAGCCAGAACCAGGCGGAGUUUGACCUGAGACAACAGAAACACACAGAGRGACUGGAGAKGCUCGCCACAGAGCUCAACACUCUUGACCUAUCAGASYUCAGCAAGCAGACAUGUGGAGCGGCUGGGGGGGAGGAGGGGUGUGCUGCGUCCCCCUGUGGAGGGGUGGGRUGUGUGUCGGAGGAYGGCACCCUUCGCUGUGGUGGGGAGGGGUGUGACGGUUUGGUCACACAGACACAAAGCACUCUGAAAACAGCAAAGGACUUCGACCAGGAAAUCCUCUCCACCGUGCAGGAAGUGGACAAGCUCUCCAGGAUGGUGUGGGAGGUGAAUGUGCGUGCGGACGAGGUCAAGCUGAGUGCUCAAGAGGUGCUGCUGAAGUCCAACCAGAGCCGAGAUAGAGUGGAAGAGAGCAACGAGCAGCUCCGCAGCCUCAUCAAGGAGAUACGAGACCUACUCACUAACGACCGUGCCAAAGUGGAGGUUAUUGAAGCGGUGUCAAAUGAGGURUUGGCCCUGGAGAUGCCUACAUCGUCCGAGCAGCUGGAGGCCCUGACCAAGGAGAUCAGAGACAGGGUGGGRACCCUCACCAGCGUGGAGGACAUCCUCAGUCAGAGUGCCAACGACAUACACACUGCAGAGAGGCUGCUGGAGCAGGCCCGCACCGCCAGGUAAGAUGCACGCACAUCCUCAGAGGCCAAGGAGCUGCUCACCCAGACCAGUGUAAACCUACAGAGACUCAGAGAGUUGGAGAGGUCGUAUGCGGCCAACCAGCGUACUCUGGAGGCCAAGACAGUUCAGCUGGCCGGGCUGGAGAAAACAGCACGCCAGCUGCUCAAUGACAUCAGCCAGAAAGUAAUGGUCUACAGCACCUGUUCUUAGGGUAACCAUGCCAACAGCAUCCCUGGCAAUGCCUGCCCGGAUGUCAUACCAGAGAUUAUGACGAUGUCUUCUUUAGUGUCAAAGAGAUAAUAUGACAAUCACUCAGGAGACUCCAAAGACCAAAAGCAGUAUUUUACCACUAAGAACCAAGUAUUCCAUAAAAAACCUGUUUCURUAUGAAACGGGUCUCUAAGCCAUAUAAGCUAUUAUCACAAGUAAUACAUGUUUUAACCAUAAGACUGCRCAUAGAUUUCAUGAUUUUAGAUUCUAUGGAAAUAUUUUUUAUAAUCGUGUCUGUAAAGAUAUUAAAAUGUGUCUGGACCAAAGCA